AUGGGCAAAAAAUCGAAGUCGCAGUCCAAGUCGGACUCCAAGGUGUCGAGCAGCAACGGCCUUCCGUUCCUGAGCGGUAACGCAUCUCUGGACCCAACAUUGACCUCGCUUUUCGCGCAGAGUUCCGGACCUGUUAAAGCCCCUGCCGUGAAAUACAACGCCAAUGCACCUGCAAACAAGUCCGCCAAGAAGGCCGAAAAGGAAGAUACCGCUGAGUCGGAUGAGUCGCCCGAUUCCGAGGACGAAGUGAUGGAGGAUGCUUCUGAGGGAAAUGAUGCCGAGACUGCUUCUUCGGAAGAGGAAGAGGAGAAGGCGGAGCCCCAAAGCCGUAAGCGCAAGCGCGGUCCUGCCGAGGAGGAUGUGGAAGAAUCUUAUAUGCGUCGCAUCGCGAAGGAAGAGCAAAAGGCCGACGAGAAGCGAAAGGCUGAGCAGUCCAAGCGUCAGAAACCUGCCAAGGAAACCUCCGACGAAAGCGAUAAGUCCGAUGAGGAGGAUGAGGAAGACGGUGGCGACAAGACAACCGCUCCGCCAGUGCACGAGAGUGUAUCCGGCAAUGCGAAGACCAGCGAGGUUGAAAAGUCCAACCGUACCGUUUUCCUUGGUAAUGUCUCAACGCAAGCCAUCAAGUCCAAAUCUGCCAAGAAGACCCUGCUCCGACACCUGGCAUCCUUCUGCUCGAGCCUUCCCGAAUCCAGCGGACCGCACAAGGUCGAUUCCAUUCGUUUCCGCUCCGUUCCUUUCGCCAGUGGCGGCGGGCUCCCUAAGCGCGCUUCGUUCGCCAGACGUGAGAUUCUUGAUGAGACCACGCCCAGCACAAACGCCUACGCUGUGUACACGACGAUCCAAGCCGCUCGCAAGGCUCCCGCUGCCUUGAACGGAACCGUCGUGUUGGACCGACACAUCCGGGUUGAUAGCAUCGCCCACCCGGCAGAGAUUGACCACAAGCGCUGCGUCUUCGUUGGUAAUCUUGACUUCGUCGAUCAGGAGGGUACCACCGAAGACGAGAACGGCAAGAAGAAGAAGGUUCGCGCACCGGCCGAUAUCGAAGAAGGUCUUUGGCGCACUUUCAACGAGAACACAGGCGCCAAGGACAAGAAAGACAAGAAGAGUGUUGAGUUCGUCCGUGUUAUCCGUGACCGGGCCACCCGCGUCGGAAAGGGCUUUGCCUACGUACAAUUCUACGAUGGAAACGGCGUCGAGGCCGCACUGUUGCUAAACGAGAAGAAGUUCCCUCCUCUGCUCCCGCGUAAACUGCGCGUGACCCGCGCGAGAAAGAUGGCAAAGAAGCGUGAUGACGAUAACAAGGAUUCCCGCAAGGGCGAUCUCGCUCAGAAAACUCUUCAGGGUCGUGCCAAUAAGUUGCUCGGCCGGGCCGGCGCAGCUAAGAUGAAGGAGGCUGGCAAGGGUGGUAUUGCGGGUAACUCCAUGGUGUUUGAGGGUCAUCGUGCUACGGAGGAUGGAUCUCGCAUCAAGGUCAAGACUAAGAGCCGUGGCUCAAAGGGCAAGCCGAAGAACCAUGGCAGCAAGCGUGCUGCGGCUUAUCGUGCUGCUGGAGGUCAGAAGCCUUGA